AUGGGUUCAGCAGUAGCAACAACGGCCCCCAGCCGGAGGAAGGUGAGAGAAACUCCAGUCAAAGACAACUGGAAAUGCAUCAUGAUAUGCUUUGCUAUGUCAUUGGCCAAUUGCCAGUAUGGUUAUGAUACAGCGACCGUGGCCGGAUUUCAAGCAAUGGUAGGCUUUCUGAAGGUCUACGGAUACAAAGACCCUAAAUCCAAGAUCGGAUGGAACAUAGAGACUGUUCCACAACAGCUCAUCAGCUCAUUCCUUCAAAUCGGUACCAUCAUCGGCGUUUUACUUACGCACCUCUUUGCUCGUUACUAUGGUCGCAAGCCUGCGAUUUGGGCCGCCUCGCUUGUCUCGUUCGUUGCAGCGGGUCUCCAAGUUGGCACUGAGAAUCUCAUCGGACUCUACUUUGGUCGCUUACUUAUUGGGGCAUCCAACGGCUUCUUCAUCACCUUUGCAAAUAUAUACACCGCAGAAGUUAGCCCGUCCCAUCUUCGUGGCGCUAUUGUCUCCUUCUUUGGAAUCUGGGUCAGCAUGGGAAGCAUGAUGGGCGCCAUUGCCAACCAGUACUCGAAAUCGUACACCAACAAACUCUGCUACCAAAUACCUCUAGCAAGCCUAUUCGCUAUCCCACUCGGAUUAAGUAUCCUCAUGUUCUUCGUUCCCGAGUCUCCGAGAUGGCUACUGGUCCAUGGAAGAUCAGAAGAAGCCCACCGUGCGCUUUCACAGCUACGGGGAGAUUCUUUCGCCGCUCACCCAGAGCUCCUGGAAGAAGAGUUCAUGGAAAUGAAGGAGGGGAUCGAGCGAGAGAAGGAAUUGGCCACAGCGUCAUCCUUCAUGGACAUGUUCAAAGGCACUGACCGUCGUCGGACAUUUCUUUGCUGGGCGGUUGUCCUGUCGCAUUCCUCUUCCGGCAUUUCUCUGAUUGUGGCAUAUGGAACAUAUUUCUUCCAGAUGGCCGGUGUCCAGAACCCCUUCGUCGCCACGAUCCUCAAGUCCUUCAUGGGCCUUGUCGGCGUCGCAAUCGGCAUCUACCUCUCAUACAAGAAGCUCGGAAGACGAUCCAUGAUGCUCAUUGGACAUUCGACCUCUGCUGUAUUCAUGGCGGGAAUGGGCAUCGCGCAAUCUGUAGCACCCGGCACGCAAGCGGCAGGUAAAGCCAUCGUUGGAUGUGCGUUUUGCUACCAUUUCUUCUACAAUGGCUUCUCGGGCGCGCAGAGCUAUCCUGUCGCCAACGAGUUGGUCAGCUCCCGGUUGCGUGUCGUCUCGAUCGGAACGGCCACCGCUGUGAAUAUGGUGUUUGCAUGGCUCACGGCAUUCACAAUGCCAUACUUCAUCAACCCGACGCAACUGGCAUGGGGCGCGAAAAUCGGCUACGUCUGGGCUGGCAGCAACGCCGUGACCUUCAUCUUCCUAUACUUCUUCCUCCCGGAGAUGCGCAACCGCACACUCGAGGAGAUCGACGAGCUGUUCCAGGAGCGCGUGCCGACGCGCCAAUUCGCGAAAUACCAAUGCGUUUCGACCGAGCGCGCGAGAGAACAGGUCAUCCGGAACGUCAAGUUGCAGGGUGAAGAUGCCGACGAUGCCGACUUGGCGGGCGCCGAGCACAAGACGCUCGAAGUCGAGCAUCGUGAGCUUAAAGUGUGA